UUUAUCUGAGUGUUUGUGGCCCCCUCAGUCUCAGAGCGACUCGGAGCCGAGGAGCGUCACAUGCCACAAUGAGUGCCCUGCCAUGUUGUGUCCUCGUCCUCCUCCUAUUCGUCCCCAUCCUCACUGAAGCCAAACGCCAACCAGGGCAGGAGAAGCCCGACAAACCCCGUCAGCCUCCUCCAUCACCUCAACCGGCCAAGAGACCCAGAAAUCGCUCCGUGCCAGGCUCCGGAGAGCUGACCACCAAGGAGGGGCAUCGCUGUGUUUGGCAGACAUCGGGUGAAGGUCUGGUGAGCCUGCUGGUGAACUGCAGCAUUGAAGCACAAGGAGACCUGCAAAGACUAAAUGGGACAAAGCGAGCAGGUGAAGAGGCGGAGGAGAAGAAGAAGAGGAGGGAGGAAAGGACUGAGGCGGAGGAUGAGGAGGGAAUGCAGGGUGACAUGGAGCCGGUGCAGGCUUACUGCAGCGAGGGCUGGCACUCGGUCUGCUCCUUCUUCGUCAAGUUCUUUGAAGGCUGAUGAGAAAUUAUUUUGGAUUUAUGAUGGUGCGAAUUCACAAUCUGAAAACAACACUGGAAAUCAUGUUCUUAGUCUCAUGGGAAGAAUCAGGCAGCUCGUUUAUAACAAUAUAUAUUCUUUAAUUUCAUUUUCAACAUGGAGCUGCUUUAAUAAAAAAAAACCCAACAUUAUGUUAUAUUUGGACAUAAAAACUUUGACAACAUCAGCUUUUUAUAGUCCUCUAACCAGUUAGCCCCAUGGCAUCUCCUUAUGCUACAUUGGUGAGAUAAUUACUACCAGGUAAUAUAAAUUAUGCAAAACCCUUAAAAUUAAAGGUGUUAAUGUUCAACGAACAUGAUUAAUUUAUUAGAAAAUCAUUAGAGGCUGUUAAUUUAAUCUGAAAUGGGAAAGAGUCGACCUGUAAAGGUACUUUUGUGUGUCAGGCUUUCCAGGUGUUUUAAUAUUUGUUUUCAGUUCAGCUCACGUUUCAUUAAUGCAGGACUCACUGCUACAGUUGGCUUUACACAAAACUUCUCAUCAGCAUGAGGCUAACAGUAUAAACCCCAUAAGUCGCAUCAAGUUUCUUUAUUUGGAGAAAAUAAACCAAUUAGUUUGUUUUAGAUUUCACUUUUUGUUUGAGUACG